GGAGUAGUCCAUUACAGUGGCCCAGCAUCUGCAUUUCCUCCCCUCGAGAAGUGGGUCCGGUUUUCUGCUCUCUGGAACCAGAAUGCGCCGACUAUGAAACAGAGCAAUCUCUGGCCUGGGAACACAGAAGAACAGGACCAAAUCAUCCAUGAAGCCAUCAUCCAAGUCGCCUCCGAAUCUGGCAUCGAUCAGCGCUUGAUUCUCGCUGUCGUUAUGCAAGAAUCGCAAGGCCACGUUCACAUACCGACUACGAAUAAUGGUGUGAGAAACCCUGGGCUCAUGCAAUCGCACAACGGGGUUGAGUACUCUGAUUCUGAUCCGAGGGGAUCGAUUUUCCAGAUGGUAAGGGAUGGGACGGAGGGAACGGCGGAUGGGGAUGGGUUGGUUCAGUUGGUGAGGAGGUAUGGGAAUGUGUAUGAGGCUUUGAGGGCAUAUAAUUCUGGGUCGGUAAAUAAGACUGAUUUGAGUGAUGGUUUGGGAGCAACUGCGAGCUAUGUUAGUGAUUGUGCGAAUAGGCUUUUGGGCGUGGUUCCAAAUUAG